AAUGAGGAGAGUGGGCGGGUGUGUCACACAGCGUCGUCGAGGCUUGUUCGGGUCGCAUCGGACUCCCUGUCGGAGCUCCGGGGCAGCCCCUUCUUCGCAGGGCGAGCUGGCAGCGGCCCUUCUGCAGCCUGUGGCGCUGCAGGCUGGCAAGGGCGAUGGCUGCCAGGAGCGUCCGGAGACUGCAGGCGUUGGUGUCGUCGUGUUCGCUCGACGAGCCUCUGCAUGACGCAGGCGAUCAGCACGCGCGCGCGUCCUCUCGGAGCUAUCAGCAGUCGGCCAGCUACUUUCCAUCGCGCUCUUUGGCCUUCGGCUCGAACCUAGGAUCGACUCCAUUCCGUAACCAUACCACCCUACAUGUUCUGGUGAAGGGGACUCGGUCAGCUACGUCUAUGCGGCGUGCCCUCGCGCUCCACUCUCUCCUGUGCGCCGGCGCCGUGCAGGUGCAGCAGGGUGAGCUGCGCGAGCACGACGCCGACGCCGGGUUCCCGUUUCGCUGGAACCCCUUCGGGAAGAGGAGCACCGAGUUGUCUUCGAAGACCGAGACUGUCGAGACCGAGACUGUCGAGACCUCCCCCUCGGAGAAGGUUCUCGACACAGAGUCCGAUG